CGUUCCACUACGGAAGCAGAGUUUGAUUCAGCCGUCAAAGAAAAAAGCAAUGAAGCAGAGUUCAAAGCACCGGCCAGAGUACUUUUGGCCUCGUGUUUUCUUGCGCAAAUUGCUCAACAUCGCUCCCAGAGACUCCGAUUACAGCGCUGAUACUGAGGAUGAAGACGACAUUAGUUCUUAUUCUGGAUCCGAAGAAUACUUUGAAAGCAGCCAUGGCAGAGAUUCAAGGUUUAGAGAAAGCAGAGAGGAGGAGUCUCAGUUUGAUCUAAAUGAGAAUAUUCCAAGGGUAAGAAGGAGACGAAAUUCAGAGACUUGUAGAGCACAAUACAUAGACUCAAAGGACAUAAGAAUAUGCGUUGGUACCUGGAAUGUUGGUGGUAAGGUUCCACCUAAUGACCUAGAUAUUGAUGAGUGGAUAGAUAUGAAUGACCCUGCUGACAUCUAUGUGUUUGGUCUUCAGGAGAUAGUACCAUUAAAUGCUGGGAAUAUAUUCGGUGCUGAAGAUAGCCGCCCAGUUCCAAAGUGGGAGAACAUCAUCCGUGAAACGCUCAACAGAGUUCGACCUGCAACUACCAGAGUAAAAUGCUACAGUGAUCCCCCAUCUCCAUCAAAGUUUGAGCCAUUUGAUGAUCUCCCAACUUUAGAAGAGGAGAUAUGUCUUGAAAGUGAUGGUGAUAUUGGUGAAGAAAUUUAUCCAUUGGAUGAAGAACCCCAUGGCUUUGAUGAAUUUAAUAUUGCAGCCGAAAACAAAAUGGGGUUCCUCGAUUCUGGGGUUUCAGAGUAUUAUGAUGGUUCUGAACUUGACGUGCCACUAGCUGUAGAACAGGAUUUACAAAGGCAAUUUUCUUCCCCAAAGAGAUUAGACAGACUUAACUGCUUGCGGACAGAGGAUUAUGCUGAAAAUGAGGAAGCCUCAGUCAGUCAACAAAAUGCAAAAUUUACUAAAAUGCUUAGUGGAAUUGAACAAAAUAGAAAACUAACCAGAAUCCUUAGUGGUACUGAAAGGAUUGGUUUAAGCUGGCCAGAGCCUCCACUAGACCUGCUAUCUCAGCAUGUUUUAGAGAGACCAACUUCUUUCAAAUCGAUCAAAACAUUCACAACAACCAAGUCUUUUCGAACAUAUAGUUCCUUCAAGUCCAUAAAUGACAUGCCACCAGGGAUAGCUUUGCUUGCAGAACUUGACCUGGAAUCCCUCAUGAAGCGGAAAAGAAGAUCAUCAUAUGUAAAAAUAGUUAGCAAGCAGAUGGUAGGAAUCUUCCUCACUAUAUGGGUCCGUAAGAGUUUGCGCAGGCAUAUUCAGAACUUGAAGGUGUCUACUGUUGGUGUUGGUGUAAUGGGCUACAUUGGUAAUAAGGGAUCAGUAUCAGUCAGCAUGUCCAUGUAUCAAACACUUUUUUGUUUUAUAUGCACUCACCUGACAUCAGGUGAAAAAGAUGGAGAUGAACAUAAAAGAAACUCUGAUGUGCAUGAAAUACUUAGGCGAACUCAUUUUCAUUCUCGUUCUGCAAUUGGACUUCCCAAAAGAAUUCAGGAUCAUGAAAGAAUAAUUUGGUUGGGUGAUUUAAAUUACCGUCUCAACCUCUCAUAUGAUAAAGCACGAGAACUCAUCGCCAAGAGGGAGUGGUCUGAGCUGACUGCGAGAGACCAGCUUGUACGAGAGCUGCGAAUUGGUCAUACAUUUGAUGGAUGGUCUGAGGGUGCUUUAAAUUUUGCACCGACAUACAAAUAUGAGUUAAAUUCUGAGAAAUACUACGGGGAAGAUCCCAAGGUCGGAAGACGAAUUCCUGCAUGGUGUGACCGCAUCCUUAAAUACGGUAAAGGAUUGAGGCAAAUGAGUUAUAGGAGGAGCGAGCUUACAUUUUCUGAUCAUCGCCCUGUUACCGCCACAUAUAUGGCAGAGGUUGAGAUAUUUUGUCCGAAGAAACUACAGCGUGCUCUCACCUAUACCAGUGCUGAAAUUGAAAAUGAGGAAGUUGAAGCAGUGGUUAUCGACUACUGAUGUCGGAACGAAUCCCUUAGUUGGAUCAGGCUUUCUUCCUGAUGCAGGAUAGGUCAACCGGGAGAUCAUGAUCGGAUACUAAUCUAUGCCUCAACCGUCGAGGCUGGGGGUGAGAGCUCCUAAUAACUCUUGAUAUUAUUGCCUACAUUUUAGAUCCAUUCAUUUCUUUCUUUAUUUUGUUGUGUGAUUAUAGUGUAUGUUGCACUCAUUGUAAAAAUGCAUCAAAUUUAGAAGUUGAGUUUGCACAUAGGCAUUCCGCAUUCGAAUAAAGUUUAUGAAUAUGCCCUUCGGCCAAAAUCUUUUUCUAGCUCGUAAAGACAUGGUGAUGUAAAAAGACAGUCAAUGCAUGUGUUUUGGUCCAAAAACCACAUUCUCUUGUUCUCACCUUUUGGUGUAUGAAUGUGAUCACUGAUCUCAUGAAUAUUGACUUCUUUCAUAGGAAAAGAAAGAGAGAGAGAGAGAGAGCCACUUACAGAUUA